ACGCUCCGCCUGUUGCGCCCAAGGACAAUGCUGCUCCCUGCCUGUCACGCUUCCCGUCAAGCGCGUCAUUGUCUAAAUGCUUUGAAGUCAGCAAAGAAAGAUUGUCUCCUGCCUUUAUGUGCAACGAGAUGGGCUUCUUCUUCCAUUGUGCCUCGAAUCACCACCCACUAUACCAUUCACCCUCGGGACAACGACAAACGAUGGGAAGGUGUGAGUAUGGAAAGAUUUGCUGAAGAAGCAGAUGUUGUUAUAGUUGGAGCAGGCCCAGCAGGACUCUCUGCAGCUAUUCGAUUCAAACAAUUAGCUAGUGAACAUGGAAAAGAAAUCCGUGUAUGCCUGGUGGAGAAAGCAGCUCAGCUUGGUGGACAUAUACUUUCUGGGGCUUGCCUGGAACCACGUGCCUUGGAGGAACUUUUCCCAGACUGGAAAGAGCGAGGGGCUCCACUUAAUACUCAAGUUACAGAAGACAAAUUUGGAAUAUUGACAAAAAGCUCUAGAAUUCCAGUUCCCAUUCUUCCAGGCCUUCCAAUGACUAAUCAUGGGAAUUACAUAGUUCGCCUAGGACACUUCGUGAGCUGGCUUGGAGAGCAAGCCGAAGCACUCGGUGUUGAAAUUUAUCCAGGCUAUGCGGCAGCAGAGGUUCUUUUCCAUGAAGAUGGCAGCGUGAAAGGAAUUGCCACAAAUGACGUUGGCAUCCAAAAGGAUGGGGCACCGAAGGCUACGUUUGAAAGAGGUUUGGAACUACAUGCCAAAAUCACAGUGUUUGCAGAAGGUUGUCAUGGCCAUCUUGCAAAGCAAUUGUACAAUGCGUACAACCUGAGGGAGAACUGCCAGCCCCAGACUUAUGGCAUUGGACUUAAGGAGCUGUGGCUUAUUGAUGAAAAGAAAUGGAAAGCAGGAAGAGUGGAGCACACAGUUGGCUGGCCUUUGGACAGACAUACAUACGGAGGGUCAUUUCUUUAUCAUUUAAAUGAGGGUGAACCUCUAGUAGCCCUAGGAUUUGUGAUUGGCUUGGAUUAUCAAAAUCCUUUCUUGAACCCAUUUAAGGAAUUCCAGAGGUGGAAACACCAUCCCAGUGUACUGCCAACUUUAGAAGGUGGAAAGAGGAUUGCUUAUGGUGCUCGAGCUCUUAAUGAAGGUGGUUACCAGUCCAUACCCAAACUCAGCUUCCCUGGUGGAGUCCUUAUUGGAUGCAGUCCAGGUUUCAUGAAUGUUCCUAAGAUUAAAGGUACCCACACUGCCAUGAAGAGUGGCAUGCUAGCCUCUGAAGCCAUUUUCAGCCAACUAACUAAUGAAAACCUCCAAUCAAAAACGAUAGGGCUUUAUGUGCCUGAAUACGAAGACAGUUUGAAAAAGUCAUGGGUAUGGAAAGAACUCUAUGCAGUUAGGAACAUCCGUCCUUCAUGCCACGGAGUCCUGGGAGUGUAUGGAGGAAUGAUUUACACGGGCAUAUUUUAUUGGAUACUACGAGGAAUGGAGCCUUGGACACUAAAACACCCAGGGGCAGAUGCAGCACAGCUAAAGCCAGCCAAAGACUGCACGCCUAUUGAAUACCCCAAACCUGAUGGAAAGAUCAGUUUUGACUUGCUCUCAUCAGUGGCUCUUAGUGGUACUAAUCAUGAACACGACCAGCCACCACAUUUGACUCUGAAGGAUGAUAGUGUUCCUGUCAACCGGAACCUAGCUAUAUAUGAUGGACCUGAACAACGAUUCUGCCCUGCAGGAGUGUAUGAAUUCGUUCCUGUGGAAUCUGGAGAAGGUCUUCGGUUACAGAUAAAUGCUCAGAACUGUGUCCAUUGCAAGACAUGUGAUAUCAAAGAUCCAAGCCAAAAUAUUAACUGGGUUGUACCAGAAGGGGGAGGAGGACCUGCUUAUAAUGGAAUGUAGGUCUGAUUAAAACUGACUGAAAAACGUCCUGGAGACACUGCAGAACUGUAAACUUUGGUUUUGCUACCCUCAC